AGCUGAGGUGGCCUUUCUUGGCUUUUCUUUCCUUUAGUAACAACAUGGCUAUUCCUACCGCUGCGUCGUUUCUCUUUGCCUCUACCCUCACRGUUGUUAUCUUUGCGGCGAUGCAAAUGUUCAAGAACAACUUGGCUUCGAGCGAAUGGAUGACCAUUUUGGGAGGAUUUGCUGGCUCACAACUUUUUGUUUUUCUUCUUACUGCUGUGGGAAAUCUUGAAACUUGCUUCUUUGGUAAAAACUUUCAAACUAAACUUUUCCCAGAAGUUCUGGCCUGUCUUGGAGUGGCUAUGUUUGCUUCAGGUCUUGUUCAUAGGGUCUGUGUAACGACAUGCUUUCUUUUUUCCAUUGGAUUGUUAUACUACUUGAAUAGGAUUUCUGCAGCAACCCAUACACCUGUUAUGAUCAAGCCAACUCAGCCUGUCUCCAAGGGAAAGAAAAGCCACUAAACUGGAAGUCCAAAAUCUACAUUUAUUACUUGUAAACCAUCAGAUUUAUUCUUAUUGGAAUUUAAAUUAAAUCUUUUCAAAAAACG